UGUAAGCUUCUCGCCUGCCUGAUGGAGUCGAAUCUGGAGCUGCUAUACGUACGAAAUAACAUGGGCACAUCUCCAUCCUCCCUACUGGAACGGCUUUGGCUUUUGGUCUCUUCAGAUCAGCGCACCAAGGGCGAUGCGGUAGGCAUGGGUGGUGACGAUGUUCGUGAUGGUGGAAGUGAAGUGGGGGGAGAGGAGGUUGCAUUGCGGCAUCGUAAACCCUCACUCUUUAAUCUUUCACCCCUUUGCUUGCCUGCUCUACACUCCCUUCUUGCCCCUCUUCUCUCAAGCACGCACGCGCGCACCUGCGCACGCCUACAUCUCUCGUUCCUCUCUCUAAGCGCAAAACCUUUUAGUCGAUUUGCACGCCUCUACGCUAGCCUAGCCCUGCAUGCCCUGGCGUUUCUUCAACCUAUUCUGAUGCAAUGCAGCCUGAAAGACGACCUGUUUGGAAAAGUUGCUCCUCCAAAGAGGAGAUACAACGACGCCAUCUCGGAGGAUGCAUGGCGGGAGCGAUUGCUCGAUGAAGUGAGUGCCGACUUUCCUCGCCAUGAGGAGUAUUUUCAAGGUUUUUCCGACACUGGCACAUCUUCAGGCGACUUCUUCGAGGACAUUGGUAAGGAGUACGAACAAAAGAAGCGUAGGUGCGUGUACAUAUCGCGGUCUGAAUCAAGCCAACCCUCUGCCAGUACUACAUACAAAAAAGCCUCAACGAGCGACGAAGAAUUUCGACACCGACAUGCAGAGGAACUCAGAAAGUUGGGUUUGGUAUCUCCUACUUCCAAGUCAGACGUCUCUGUUAUUCCAUAUGAGCAGUAUUCGGAGAGAUGGCAAACAUUUCUGCGCAGUGGCACGAACGGGACUAUUCCUUGGCCACCACUUAAAGUGGGGGACAUGGAGGAGUUGCUACGAUUCGUAGGACGUAGUUUGUUGCAUCUGAGGCAAUUGCAGGUAGACUGGCAUCCGGAUCGGUUCUUUUCCCGGUUGCCGUCUGGUGUGCAGCGCACCGAGGAUUUGGCGAACAGGGUCACAGCGCUGUCGCAGUUUUUUAACAAGGCUAUUGCGGAACUUAGGAGUUAUGUUGAAAACUCAAAACAUUAG